GCGGCCGCUCCUGCGCCGUGGCGGAGAUGGAGCGGCCGGUGCCGCUGCCCCGCGGGAUCCGGCCCCGGGCCCGGAACUACUACGAGGGCUUCGUGAACAAACGGGGGCCGCGGGAUCAGGGCUUCCAGAGGGUCUGGGCCGGGCUGCGGGGACUCAAACUCGCCUUCUACAGGUUGCCCCAGGACCGGGAGCCCCUGGAGGUGCUGGACCUGGGCGAGCUGGAGACCGCGCAGGCCGAGGGCGGGGCCCUCGUGCUCAGGCUGAAGGGACAGCAGGUGACAAUGAAGGCGGAGAGCCCCGAGACGCAGGAGAUGUGGCGGGGAUUCAUCCUCACCAUGGCCAAGAUGAGGAUGCCCCGGGACCUGCUGCUGCUGCCCGGACACAACGUGCAGCUGCUGGAGGCUCUGCGGGAGGAGCGGCAGCGCAGGGCCAGCCCCGUGUCCCCCGCCAGCCCCGUGUCCCCGGUCACACCCGUGGUGACACCCGUGUCCCUGGUCACACCCGUGUCCCCGGUCACACCCGUGUCCCCCAGCUCCUCUGAGCCGGUCCCCGGCUGCUUUUACCAGGUGACGCGUGCCGAGGCCGAGCGGCUGCUGGAGCAGAGCGCGGGCAGGGGGAACCUUCUGCUGCGGCCGGGGGGACACGGCCAGGGGCUCUCGGUCACCACCCGGCAGGAGCAGCCGGACGGGUCAGUGCUGCUGAAGCACUACAGGGUGAAGAAAGAGCCCCAGGGCUACGUCAUCGAUGUGGAGACCCCGCAUCGCUGCUCGUCGCUGGCAGACGUGGUGCAGCUCUUCGUGAGCAGGAGCAGGGGCAGCCUGCAGCCCCUGGACCCCGAGUACAGCGCCCACCUGGGUGGGCACCGCGGCUGGGGGGGCUCGGGGGGCUCAGGGCAGGACUGGGGGGGUCGGGAGCAGCUGAGGGGAGGCUGA